AAAGAAGAAAGAAGAAAAAGGAAUACAACGUGCACCGCUCAGAAUUUAUUUAAAAACAUUCGUAUUUAGCUUUAUCUAUUCGUCUUAAUAAAAGAUUUAAAAGGCGGAAAAUGAAGCUCAGCACCUAUAACUUCCUUACCUCAAUGGCCAUCAAAGGUGUGAAAGUGGGUUUUCCCUUAAAACUGACGAUAACCAAAAAGGACGUGGUGGAAAGUGAGUUUAAUCCUACAUUUGUGGAGCGAAUUCUUCCCAAAUUAGAUUGGUCAGCGGUUUAUGGAGCUGCCCAGGUGGCGGAACUCACAGAAGACAUACCCGCCGUACAGCCGGAGAACAUUGGUGAGAACGAGGUACUCCUCCAGAAGCUCCACCAUCUGCUCUUCGAGAUCGACGUGCUGGAGGGCCAACUGGAGUGCCCGGAAACAGGACGGGUUUUCCCCAUCACCGAUGGCAUACCCAACAUGCUCCUCAACGAGGACGAGGUCUAGAUGCCAUGAUGUCCAUUCAUGUUUUUCUGUAGCAUAAUCCCCACUCCAGAAACGCAUUAAUUUUAAGUAAGUUUGUUAGUUUUAAAGUCUGUUUAUUUAUGAGUGACUAAAAAAUAAUUGGAGCUUG